AUGAAUUUAUGGCGGGCAGUGAGCUUGCUUAGCAGCAGCACCGAUGUUUCUCACACUAACAAUGUUCUCUCGACGAGGAGUUCGCCUUUGGACAUUGAUCCUCUACCCAGCACACAGUACAAAGGACUUAUUGCCAUUUCAGUUCUCGCCAUGCUGUCUGUGUUAGCCACUUUUGGCCUAUUAUGCUUCAUCACCUAUCGGCUAGUCUUCUGGCGACAAGGUGCCAAACGAUACCUGGGUCACAACCAGUAUAUCAUUCUCAUUUACAAUCUUCUACUCGCUGAUCUGCAGCAAUCAUUGGGAUUUCUGAUUUGCCUUCAUUGGAUUCACAACGACGCCAUACGUGCCGGCACGGCAGCUUGUUUCCUACAAGGCUUAUGGCUACAGGUGGGGGAUCCAGGCAGUGGUUUAUUCGUGCUUGCCAUUGCCAUACACACUUUCAUGCUCGUCACUUCAGGCCGUAAACUUGAACACAAAUGGUUUGUAGUUGCCGUUGUUGGUGUAUGGGUCUUUUUGGCUGUCAUCGUGGCCAUCCCGAUUGCUAACCACGGAGUCGAUGUGAUGGUUCCUUCCGGGGCAUGGUGCUGGAUCAACGAAAAAUACGAAGCCGAGCGUCUCUGGACUCACUAUCUAUGGAUUUUCCUCGCCGAAUUCGGCACCGUCAUUCUCUACGCCAUCAUGUACUUUCAACUGCGACGCCAAAUCUCCGCAUCAUCGAUCCUCGGCGGAAGCGCUCAGCUCGAAAGCUUAAAACGACUUCGACGUGUUGUCGGUUACAUGGUUAUCUACCCCGUCACCUAUGUCGUUCUCUCUCUUCCCCUUGCCGCCGGCCGAAUGGCGUCUGCUCGCGGCCAAAACCCCAACCUCACAUACUUUUGCUUGGCAGGCGCCAUGAUGACGAGCUCCGGCUUCGUCGACGUGCUUGUGUACACGCUUACCCGUCGGAACCUCAUCACGGACUCUGAGUAUCGUGGGAACAGCGCUUAUAACAACAUUGUCAGUGGUCAGGGGGGGCGUAACCGCUCAACCAAUUUAACCACAACCAUCACCACCGUUACUAGGGGGGGAGCAGGAGCGGGCCGGCAGAAUGCUGGGAAUGCUGGCCAGCGUGCAAAAGAGACGCGCUCUUCACUCUCAGAACGGUCCGGGUCAACCGACAAUAUCGUGCAAAAGGAUAUUGAGCUUGGAGAGAUUGGAAAGGUGUAUCAGGAGACCACUAUUGAGAUUACCAGUGAGCCCGCGUACCCGCAAAAUACGAGUCCACGGUCAAGUGACGAGAUGCACCACCAUACGACAUCAGUGAAGGGGCCAAUCUGGGGGAAGUAG